GUUCUAAUUAUGUGAAGCUGCUGUUUGUGUUUCAGGAAGGCUUGGUGUGCCCUAUCGAACACUUCUGGCAGCAUAGAGAGGAGGGGGGCCGUCGGGGCAGGAGCUCCCCAAUCCUGCAGCCAGCUCUCAGUGUCCCGGGACAGUCGAGGGGGAGGGGUGCUCUAGAGGAGGUGGGAGAUUCACCUUUCAUCCCAGUGUCGGUAGAGGUGGAGAAGAGGCGCAGCAAUGAAGUGGCGCAGUGGAAGGAGCUGGAACGUCUGCGAGAGAUUGAGGGCCUCUAGAGGAACACUACAUUAGAAAUGCCGCCGUCAUUACAGAUCUCAGACCCAGAGAGGAGAGAGAGCUCGGCAAACCCCCAGAGACUUGAAAUGAAAGCGCUGCAGAUCCAUGGGCACAGCCUGGAGGAGUACCGCAAGGUCUACAGCACCGUCGUGAAACACAUGCUGAAGAACUCCUCAGGAAACCCCAAGGGUUACAGUCUGGAGCUGGGCCCGCAGAUCAAGCAGAGGCUGUGGGAGGUGCUUAGCUGCCCCCUGCUGGUGCGCAAGAGGAGCGCCCCGCCCAGCACCUCCUGCUGCUCCAACCAGACAGCGGCCAACAUAGCAAAGCAAUAGUUAGCUGUGCAUAUUUCUAGGAUUUAUUUUAUUAUUUUUAUAUACGCAACAAAUAAACUGAGUUACCCCCCACCAACCCCCAAAUUUCAAAUUCCAACUCAUUUUACAAAUACUGACUGGACUUGAGCCUAAUAGUGCAAAACUGUUGCCCCGAGGUUAAAAAAUUUACUGACACUUGAGAGUCACCAUUGGCCUGUUUGUGAACAAUAAUGCAGCUUUAAUAUACAUAUAUAAAAAAUGUUCAGGGUGAAGUUUCCUAACUUGACCUUGGAUAAAGGCACCUGCUAAAUAAACUAAUAAUAAUUAUAAUAUAAACCUUGUACAGCUGAUUCAAAUUGAGUGU